UUCACCAUUUGUCGCGGCUGUGCAGAAUGCCCAAAUUGAAGAUGAUGUACCGCUAGUUAUUAUGCCAUUGGCGGCUUGAAAUAGUGCAGCAGCUGUAAAGCCAGCACAACGCGAUAGCCCUACUUUUAAAAUGCAGCCGCUUCCAGAAGCGACUCGGAACCCCACAGCUCUCGCCAACUUUCCGGUUGGCUGAUUCGCUUCGGAUGCUAAGCGCAGAAAGCGACUACUCGGUUGCAAUGCUGCUGCUCUGAGGACGCUUGCCAUUAGAAGCCGAGACUCCCACGGCUUUCAACCCCACGGCUUCCACUACGUGAUCGCUGGGCCCACAGCGACGGCGGAUCUCGAACGUCCAUUGGCUACACUACCGGCACGGGCUGGCUUUCGCUCUCCAAAGCUCGCUAUGCCAUGGGUGCCAAGUCGGUAGGGCCCCUGCAAUAUGCCUCCCGCAUGGAGCCCCAGGUCUGCGUCUGCACCAACGAGGCGCAAAAUGGACUCCAGAAGUUUCGUGUGGUAAGAGCCGGCGCCCAGAGUCCAGAGGAGGUGGGGCCCCGUGAGGCAGCUCUGCGAAGGCGCAAGGGCCUUACCAGGAUUCCAGAGCCCGAGGCCUUCUCAGCCUCCCCAAACCCUCUGAACUGGUUUGGAAUCCUGGUUCCACAUAGCCUACGGCAAGCCCAAGCCAGCUUCCAGGAGGGGCUGAUAAACAUACUCAAACCCACCUGGACUUGUAUUAAGAAAUCUUUCCUACAUAAAGUUAAGAACCCACACACUAUAGGCUGGCCUGAGGCAGACCUGCUGUGGGCCAGCCCAUGUCCUGUAACAGAAUGGUGGAACCUCAAGGCCUACUCUGAAAAACUACUCAGACAGUCUUCCCAGUCUCAGAGGUCCUGAGCUCUGCUGCACCAUUGUCCUCUCACAAUAACAAGGGGAUUGUAAAUCAUCUAUAAACUUCUCUGCAGUAUACUGCUUGGUUGUAUGUAAUUUCACAGGAGACUCCAGCACCUCACCAUGUUAUGGAAUUGCAAUGUUGCUAGUUUUUUUUAAAGAUAUGUUUUGUUGAUAUUAAAGAGUGAGGAAGGGAGAUAGAGAGAAACAUCAAUGUGAGAGAGAGAAAUCGAUCAGCUGCCUCCUGCAUGUGCCCCGACUAUGGAUUGAAUAUGAAACUUGGUUAUAUGUCCUGACCAGGAAUCGAACCCACCACCUUCUGGCAUUGGAACAUUGCUCCAACCACAGAACCACACUGGACAGGGCACAAUGUUGCUAGAUUUAAAGAGGAGCUUUUUCUAAUUUAAUUGUUUAUUGUUACCUUUGUGUAAGAUACCUAAGCUUGUAAUACCCUUGUUUUAAGUAUAGUUGCACAAGGUCCCUACUGAAGCAACUUCUUAUGUUUUAGUGUGAACCAGAUGAAAUGACUGUUUUGGAGGUCAAAAAAUGAUCCAAUAUCAGCAAUUUCAUAAAUGCAGUUGCCCCUCAUCCCUCCCUCCUCUAUCCCCCUUGGUAACUCAUGCACCCCUCUGAUGGCUCCAGGUCCCUAACUGUGAAAAGGGUUAAGUAAUUAGUUUAAUACUGGAAGGGAUAAGGUCUAGAGAGGAUAGAAGCAUCAUGGCCUGAAGAAUUAAAACAACCGUAAACCAAGGACAGAGGUAUUUCUGGCCUGAGCAGCUAGGAGAGUUAUAGGGGUAAUAAAACAUCUCUGGGAAAAAAAAAAAAAAAAGAGGCUAUUUUACUUUUUUGAGCAGAGGAGAGAAAGCAGACAGCAGUUUCAGUCUAUAGGCUUGGCAGGAUAAGAUUGCUAGGUACCAUAAGAUAAAUAAAUAAUAACUCCAACUUAAACAAAUAAGUUGGAUAUGUGAAGGACAAAAAAAAGUCACAGGAUAUUGGGGAAAAGGAAACAUUUUCACAGAGAAUAGAGGAAUGUUACAAAAUAAAGAAAAAGAAAGAAGGGAGAACCAUGUGGCUUUGACUUUAGCAGAGUGACCAAUGGGGAAAGCACGGAGGUCCUAAGUUGGGAAAGGGUCCAAUUGAAAAGGGUCAUAAAAAAAAAAAGCUACAGCUUUUAUAAAUGCCUUAAGACAAAUAAAGCAGUGGCCACCCUCUUUAAGGGACCCCCCCACCCCACCCUGUCUCUCCAUGCCAGGAGAGACAGUCUUAGAAUUAGAACUAGGGUUUUAGAAAUAGCAUCUGUUUGCAAUAAAAUUUCUUCUGCUUGCAAUAAAAUUUCUGUACUCGCUAC